AUGCAUCCGCGAAACGUGGCAUUUCUCAUUAUUGGUCUGUGUAUAUGGACCGUCAACACCGCAGAUACAUGUCUGAAAGAGUACACUGCGUCUGCUAGUGAACAACAUUUCACAGUGAAAACUGGCAUUGUUGGUUGUCAGGCUCUCGUAAAGCCAACGGAUGGGAAGAAAGCAAUGGUUUAUCUGAAAGUCUCGGGAACUGGUAGUGCCACGGAAUGUGUACAGCUGGCCAGUGGAGACACAAAGACGAGUAUAUGCGCGACUCCGAACAAAAACACUUUUAACUCGACUGAUCAGAUCGAGGUUGGCACAGAUUUGGGUGCAUCCAGCACAACGGUUACAAUGACCACCACCACCACCACGACCACGACGACGAAAACGACAACGACGACCGCAGCAAAACCUUCCGGCCCGGAUCCAUCUCCCCCGGGAUCUUCAGAGGCCGCAGGUGUACUCAAAGCGCGCAAAAAACGGUCCACACCGAGGAACACCGAUAUAACUGUUUAUUAUAUGCUGGAUGGAGCCGCAUUGUUCACUCCAUCGCUUGGACUGCUGCUAUUCACCAUUCUGAAUCUCCUGUCCGUCAAUUGCUUGCGAGGGAUUGCAUAA